AUGGAGGCACUGAUUUCGGACCUGUCACACUACCAGAUCUCAGAGUUCUUCUCGGAUAACGCACCUGCGACGCAAUUGCAAUGCAACCAGGAAGCAGAGCGCGUCGCGGGUGCACCUGCUAGCCCCUCAGCCGUCCAAGGUGGGACCAGCUACACCGUUGUCGCUGGAGACUCCGUUGUCCAGUUUCGUGGCGCUGCCUCCGCUCUAAACCUCGAGCUACUAGGAUACGUCGAGGCGGCAUAUCCAGAUUUCGUCCCACACCACCAGCGUGCCGGCAAGCUGGGGGACCUCGACGUCUACCUGAUGGAUAACAUAGGUGGGAUCUCGAUGUAUCUCGCUCGAGAAGAGCUGUAUCGCAACAACUUUCAACUCCUUCAUCAAACCCUGCACGACUACGCCAGGUUUCUUGCUGCAGGCUUGCCCUCUCGCUUUCGGCAGACACUAGACUCCCUUAUUGCACGUCUCCCGGGACUCUUUGACAAGGACUGGCCAAUGGUGCCAAACCACACCGAUCUACUGGAGAACAAUCUCCAUGUUGACCCCGGCACCGGGAGGCUUGUGGGCGUCUGUGAUUGGAAAGACGCGCAGAUCAGCCCGUUCGGGAUGUCCCUUGGCGGCCUCGAGACCAUGCUUGGUAUGGACAGAGUGAGAAAGGGAUGGUGCUACCACGCCAAUCACGAAGCCCUCCGAAGCGUCUUCUGGGAGGCCUUCAACCAGGCCAUGGGUGAGACCCGUGUUGACGACCGCGUCGAAGUCGCCAGAUUGGUUGGGAUCUUUCUAGCGCAUGGAUGGGAGUACAACGAAGCGGAUGAAAAGGUGGUUGUGGGGGAGGGAAGCUACGGAUUCAUGUACCUUGACGCUGCGGUGUUGGGGAACUUGGCCUCGACUUCGCAAUGA